CUUUUCCACCAGACAAGAAAUUUUCUUUCUCUUUUUCUCCGUUUCUCUUGCUCUCACUCAUCAAUGCUGCAGCAACAGCAGGGAGGAACAGUAGCAAUGGAGGACUGGUCUGCGGGAUCCACCGCGACAAACACAGAAGAAGAAAAGAGAAGGUGGACAGAGCAGUUGAAAGUGUUUGCAGGUAUUUUGGAUGCAGGCGUGACAGUCAAUGAGGACGGAGGAGGAGCAGAGGCAGGAGAAGAUAGUAAUGUGGGCAGAACAAAUAGUAGAAACAGUCAACAUCAUCAUGAUGUUAAUGUUGUUGACAACGGUGAGACUGGGCAUGAGGUGGAGGGUUGGCAGGAGCAGAUUAAGGGGUUCUUUAAAUCUACAGGGGAGUUGCUGGAGAAAUUUGGCGAGGGAGUGCGAGAUGUGGCUGAACAGAGCCUCGGCGCCGAGAAUACCAUGCGAUGCCGCCAAAUGUGGGACCAAAUUAGUCCCAAGUUGGAAGUUUUUGGCCAGUUUUUGCCGGAGGAUCGAAGUCCUGUACAUGUCUGGAUCGUUGUGUUGUUUGUGACUUUCUUAACUCUUACAGUUUUAAGAAGUGGUACGAGAGAGCCUAUACCAGCUAAGGAGGUGUACACUCUUCCUAUUACUGCUCAACGUGUUCGACUUCCUGAUGGAAGGCACAUUGCGUAUAGAGAAGAAGGGGUUUCCGCAAACAUAGCUAGACAUUCAGUCUUAGUUGUCCACUCCUUUCUUUCUUCUCGUCUAGCAGGUAUUCCUGGCAUCAAACACUCAUUGCUUGAAGAAUUUGGAGUUAGGCUUGUAACAUAUGAUCUGCCUGGAUUUGGUCAAAGUGAUCCUCAUUCAGAUCGUAAUCUUACAUCAUCUGCCUUGGACAUGAAAUAUAUUGCCGACACGCUUGCCUUAGGUGAAAAGUUUUGGGUGCUAGGUCAUGCAGGGGGAGGAAUACAUGCCUGGGCUGCUAUAAGAUAUAUACCAGAGAGACUGGCUGGUGCUGCAUUAAUUGCUCCUAUGGGCAAUCCAUAUGAGUCAGACAUGAUCAAAGAUGAAACCCGUAAAAUUUGGGAGAAGUGGACAUUGAGGAGGAAGCUGGGCUUCAUUCUUGCUAAGCGGGCUUCUUAUUUUCUUCCAUAUUUCUACAAACGAAGUCUCUUGAAAAAUAUAUAUCGUCCAGAUAAAGCUCUAUCUUUCACCCUUGGAAAGAAGGAUUUAGCUUUGGCAGAACAGGAGUUCUUUGUUGAUUUUCAGUUGAUGGACAUGCAAGAGUCAAUGCGGCAAGAUACCUUGACACCAUUUGUUGAGGAAACCAUUUUAGAAGUUAACAAAUGGGGAUUUAGCCUUGCAGAUUUACAAGUAAGGAAAAAACAGAUGAAGGGAAUCAAAUCAUGGUUUCAUUCACUGUUUAAUGAAGUCCAUGAAGAGUGGGAGGGAUUUCUUGGACCAAUACAUAUUUGGCAGGGCAUGGAUGACCGGAUCGUACCCUACCCCUUAAAUGAUUAUGCAAAACGUAUGGUACCUGGUGCCAUUCUUCAUAAGCUGAUUGGUGAAGGUCAUUUUUCAUAUUUUUAUUUUUGUGAUGAAUGCCAUAGAGAAAUAUUUAUUACGCUCUUUGGAAUUCCGAGAGGCACAUUGUCCAUUGAUCCUGAUCCAGAGACAGCCCAUGGUUCAGAGUCAGCUGAAGACGGUGAGUUGUAAAAAGAGGACUAAAUAAUGUGGAAAAAAAAUAUUUUCUAAAUGGGAAUUCUGUUUAAGUUAUAAGUUCCCAAUGGAUUUUGGGAAUGGAAUUCUGUGCAGCAGAGUGACUGAGUCUAGGAAGAAAAGCUGUAGCUAUGUGGAAAAACUAUACUUGUAAAUUGAGGGAGCAUUCCUCUGUUGGGAAAUUGAACCAUAGCUUCGGAAUA